CUAGCUUCCCUCUCCAGAACUUGAAGAGUCUUUCCCUCCUUAUUUUUCAGCUUUUCGCGCUUUCAAAUUCGUCGCCUUUUCCCCCCUGCGACCACAACUUCGCCGGAAAAUGUCGACGUGGCAGAUAGUUUCCGACGUCGAGAAUGGUUUCAGUUGGGAGAUCUCCCAGCAGUUACCUGAUGAAUCUUUACGCUCUUCGGUCUCACAUUCUAACUCCAUAUCUCGCCUCCCAUCCAUGUCCGAUCUCUUGCUUCAAGAAUGUAGAAAUGUUCCCAUACCUACCAACGAUGAAGUCAAUAGUCCACCAAUGUUUAGAAGCGGUUCAGGCAAGGCUGUUACAGUCAAACAAUCCUCCAUAUCUAAAGCUUUAUCCAUCCUUGGAGAUGACGGUGGUGAAUUGUCUGAUGCAGGGAAUUUGUUUGGUGGAAGCAGUAACAUUUGUUCCAAUUCAAUGUUCAUGACAGGCUCAGGAAAGAAGGUUAACAUAUCCUCCACGGGCCUUGCACGAGCUAAGACAUUGUUAGGCUUGGGUGAUAAUAAUGAUACCGAGACUUCCCCAAUGUUGAAACAAUCAGUCAAUCAAUCAUCUUUCUUGGAGAUGAAAACAAAUGUCAUGAACAUAGGUUCUGACCCUGUCACCCCAUUCAGUUCUAAGAACAUUUUACCUGAAACAUUCUCAAGAAAUGAGAUGAUUCCCGAUCUUUUAUGUGGUGAUAAAAAAACACCCCCAAUCAAGUUUCACACUGCAGGUGGAAGAUCAUUGUCAGUGUCAAGUGGCGCAUUACAACGUGCAAUGAAUCUUCUAGGGGGUCCAGAUAUGGAUUUCACAAAUGAAACAGAAGAUAAUUCCCCAUCUAUCUCCAAACAAGGUGAAAUCAGUGAUGUCUCAGCUAGUAAAUUGAGAAAUCCUAGAUCUAUUGUUUCCUGUAAAGAAAUAUCAAGGAAAAGCAUGCCAAAGAUCUUUGUCUCCCCUCUUCGAUCAGCCCCUGAUGGUAAACAUACAUCAAUAGAAUUAAAUAAUGUAAUAUCAGGAGUUAACUUAAGCAAAGCCUUCAAGGCAGCAGAUUGUGAUGACACUUGCCAACCUUCUGAUAUAACACCUUCAAGAAGAAAGCCUCCUCGAAGCCGUUAUGACAUAUCAGGGGAUUCUUUGACUAGUGGAGUGCGUUUAAAUGCUAAUGCAAAAGAAUCACCUGGUAGAGUACUGACUGAUAUCUCCAAUACCAUCAGAAUUUCUGACGCAGACAAACAAUUAACAGGAGGAAAACGGAGUCUUGGAGGAAGAAAUUCCGUUUCCCCAUUUAAAAGACCUCGCACUGCCAAAUUCAUAGCCCCUCUGAAUAUCAUUUCAUCUGAUUCUAUUGAUGCUGAGGAAUCUAGUAACAGAAGAAAGCUUACCACUUGCUACCCAUUUCAAUCCUCAAGGGCAUACAUCAAAGAAUACCUUGUAGUGCCUCCUUUCCACACGGAUGUGAAGAACUUGCCUGAACAAAUAAAGAAGAUGGAUUCAUAUAGUGCAGAAAGUUACACUUUUGAUGAUAUCGUUGGUGUGAAGAGUAUGGGGGUAGAAGCUUUCCAUGUCUUGCUGAUGGAGUCGGGAGCUUCUGCACACCAUGCUUCUAAAGAGUGGGUUGCAAAUCACUACAAGUGGAUUGUUUGGAAACUUGCAUGCUAUGAAAGAUGCUAUGCAUCCAAAUUUUCUGGGAAUCUUUUGACAGUUUCUAAUGUGCUUGCAGAAAUAAAGUACAGAUAUGACAGAGAAGCGAACCAUGGCCAUAGAUCUGCAAUAAAGAAGAUUCUUGAAGGAGAUCAACCACCUUCUUCAAUGUUGGUGCUCUGUAUAGCUUCUAUCAGUGAUUCUAGUGGUGAAUUAAAAAGAGAAACUCAGCCAGUGGCAUCAAAUGGAACUGAAAGUGGAAAAACCUGGACACUGGAGCUAACAGAUGGAUGGUAUUCACUGAAUGCUGUAUUAGAUGCAUCGCUAAGACAUAACUUAGCAGCUGGGAAAUUGUUUGUGGGACAGAAACUUAGGGUAUGGGGAGCUGGAUUAUGCAAUUGGGUUGGACCUGUUACCCCCUUUGAGGCAUCAAAUUCUGUGAGUCUCCAGUUGCACAUCAAUGGAACUUAUAGAGCACAUUGGUCCGACCGUUUAGGAAUAUGCAAGGGUGUUGGUGUUCCAUUGGCAUUUAACUGCAUCAAAGCGUUUGGAGGUUCAGUUCCUUGCACAGUAAUCGGAGUGCAAAGAAUCUACCCUGUACUCUAUAGGGAGAGGUUAACUGGUGGAGGAUUUAUAGUAAGGUCAGAAAGGAUGGAGGAAAGCAUUGUAGAGCUUUAUAACCAGAGGCGCUCAGCUGUAGCAGAAGGCAUCAUGUCAGAAUUUCAGAGUACUCGUGAUAAUACCAACAAUGAUAACACCAGCGAAGGAGCCAAGAUCCUAAAAAUGCUAGAAAAUGCAGCUGAACCUGAAGUGUUGAUGGCAGAGAUGAGUUUGGAGCAGCUCACGUCUUUUGCCACUUACAAAGCAAAAUUGGAGGCAACAAGGGAAUCUGACAUGAAGAAAUCACUUGAAAAAUCACUUGGAGAUGCUGGUUUAGACUCCAGAAAUGUCUUUCCAUUUAUGCGGGUGAGAGUUGUUGGCUUGACUGUUAAAAAUCGUAAAAUGAAGCGCUGUUCAGGAAGGGGCAUAAUAACCAUCUGGAACCCAUCUGAGAAGCUGAAAUUACAGUUAGUUGAAGGGAAAGCAUAUUCUGUUGCUGGGCUCGUACCUUUAAGUUUGGAUGUAGAGAACCUCUACUUGCAAGCAAAAGAAUCUUCAACCAAAUGGCUCCCCUUAUCUGAGAUGGCAGUUAAAAAUUUCAAGUCGUUCUUCAGUCCUCGUCAGAACAUGCCAAUAUCUAAAUUAGACGAGAUUCCUUUAUCCAGUGAAUUUGACAUAGCUGCAGUUGUUGUAUAUGUGGGGGAGGUGUUUGCCGAUGCUAACCAGAAGAAGCAAUGGGUGUUUGUAACCGAUGGUUCCAUAUUCAAGUCUCAGUGUGAAGGAUCAUCUACUUCUCUGCUUGCGAUUAGCUUCAGCUCACCAAACUUAAAUUGUGAUUCAUAUGCACCAGUUAGCCAUAAACUUGUUGGCUCAGUGCUUGGCUUUUGCAAUAUCAUAAAGAGAGUGAUGGAUCAGAAAAAUCAUCUAUAUGUUGCUGAAACAACGGAAAACUCAAUUUAUUUUCUAAGUUGUGAUCACUUGUCUUGCUCUCACUUGAAAGAAGCUGCUACUUCUGUUGAAAGAUGGGCCAAGAGCUCUCCCUCGACAGCUGAUGAGCUUCGAGAAAAGAUUACUUCUAUCAUUCAUAGAUAGCUGUUCUCUUGUUUCACUUAUUUGCUUGUUAUUAUUAAAUUAUCUAUAAGUUCAUGUCAUCUACAACUGGAAUGUCAUUUCUUCGAUAUCAUUUAGUAAGUUUCUGCAUAAUUUUGUUAUUUAAUCGAUAUCUGAGUCAAAUUUCUGAUCUGAAUGUUUUGUUAAUUUGGUACAGAACAAAAGGCUGCAAUUGAGAAGCCCUCCAAGCAAAAAAGAGAGAAGAAAAUCAAUUAAAAAAGAUGAGCAUAGAGAAGUUGAUUCCAGACAUCAGGUAUGCCUGGUAGGCACCAAUGAAUACAGUCUGAAUAGGAAGUAGGCUUGGCUAGUUGCUCCUCUGUAGGAGGAUCCCAUUGCUUUCUAUAAAUAGAUGGAUGCCCGUCUUUUCUGUAUUCUGAUAGCUGUGUAAUGUUAAUCAUUUGAACUUUUAUGCCUCUUUUUUCCAAA